UAGCGCCCGUCUUCCAUUCUCUCACCAAGAAAACCCAAGAAACGUCCGUGUGCAUAGCAGGCCGCACCAGCAGCAGCACAUUUGUGCAGCGCAGCCUCGUCUCGCCUGCCCCUCGUCUAAAGCGCAGAGGGGCAGAGGAGGCCGCGCCGCUGUCGUCCGUCUCCCACUCUCCGUCGCCAUCACCGUUGCCCUCUCCUCCUCAUCUGCCUCCGCUCUCCCCAGUGCUCGCCUCCUCCUCCGCCGUCGCCGUCGCCGUUGCGGUCUCCUCCUGCGCCUCCGCCCUUCCUCGUGUGCUUGCCCGCUCCUCCGCUGUCGCCGUUAUCGUCGCCGUCGCGCUCUCCCCCGCAGCUCCACCUCCGCCUCCGCUCUUCCUCGUGCUCGCUUCUUCCUCCCCUUCCCCCUCUUUACCGCAGAGGGAAAGAAAGAGAGGGCCAGAGGGGGCGCGUCUUCUCAGAUCAACAAUGGUGGACUGGACUAGCGAUAACGAUGAUAGUGAUAAGUUUGAGUGGGAAAGUGAUGGUGAGGCUGAACCCUCAUCAGCUCCGGCCUUCAGGAACUUGGAUGCCGCUGGUCCUUCCACGCUGGAUUCUAAUGGGUGGGCCAACGAGGAAGCUCCACCCACUUCGUUAGUCGAGGGAUAUGUGUUAAUGGGUUUCCCGAAAGAGAUGGUCUUGAAGGGAAUUAAGGAGAUUGGUAAUACCGAAAUUAAUCAAUUUCAUUUCAUUGUCUUUUUGUGCCUUUGCCCUCCUGUUUUAACCAGGCUUUUGCUUUCAGGGCACAGUGAUGCAAAUGCGUUGCUGGAACUACUUCUCACGUAUAAGACACUGGGUGAUGACGCUGCAGUGGGUAAUUGCUCUACUUCUGGCUGCUUCCCCCAGAGUGUUGAAGAUGAUGAUGAUUUUGAUUUUGAAAACUGGGAUGGAGACGAUGAUGCUGAUGGGAGAGAGCCCAACCCUGAUAGUUCUGGUGAUGAGGAUUUCCUAAGAGAGAUGUCAGAGAAGGACAACAAGAUCAAGUCCUUAGUAGACAUGGGCUUUCGUGAAGAUGAAGCAAAUAUGGCUAUUACCAGAUGUGGUAUGGAUGCCGCUCUCUCUGUAUUAGUUGAUUCAGUCUAUGCAUCACAGGCUGCAGGAGAUUGUCAUUAUGGGAACUUGUCUGACUAUGAGGUUACUGGUAGCUGGGGAGGGAGAAAGAGAGCAAGAUUGAUGGAAGAGAGCAAGAAAAAGCGGAAGCGGUAUGGAGGUGCAGCACAGCGACGGCCCUUGGAUGGUAGCCAUGAAGAACCAAUGCCUCUCCCAAAUCCAAUGGUUGGAUUUAACCUGCCUAAUGAUAGGCUACGAUCAGUGACCAGACGGCUUCCUCAACAAGCUAUUGGGCCACCUUUCUUCUACUAUGAAAAUGUGGCACUAGCUCCAAAAGGUGUAUGGGCGACAAUUUCAAGAUUCCUGUAUGACAUUGAGCCAGAGUUUGUGGAUUCUAAGCACUUGUGUGCAGCUGCUAGAAAAAGAGGCUACAUCCAUAAUUUGCCAAUUGAGAACAGAUUUCCUCUCCUGCCUCUACCUCCAAAGACUAUAUUUGAGGCUUUUCCUCAUUAUAAGAAGUGGUGGCCUUCUUGGGACCCGAGAAGGCAACUCAAUUGUUUGCAGACAAGCAUGUCAAGUGCAAAAUUGACAGAAAGAAUCCAAUGUGCUCUUGCAAGCUCAGGCAAUCCACCACCUAAAAGUGUUCAAAAGUAUGUCAUGGAUGAGUGCAGAAAAUGGAAUCUUGUCUGGGUUGGGAAGAACAAAGUUGCUCAUUUGGAGCCGGAUGAGGUAGAAUACCUGCUUGGUUUUCCAAGGGACCACACAAGGGGAGUUGGCAAAACAGAGAGGUUCAAAUCUCUUGGGAAUUCGUUCCAAGUAGAUACCGUUGCUUACCACCUGUCAGUGCUGAAGGACAUGUAUCCCAAUGGUGUUAAUGUGCUAUCUUUAUUCACUGGUAUCGGAGGAGGAGAGGUAGCACUUCACAGGCUUGGGAUCCACAUGAGGGCAGUAGUGUCUGUUGAGAUAGGCGAAGUUAAUAGGAGGAUUUUGAGGGGUUGGUGGGAUCAGACUCAAACUGGCACAUUAAUUGAGAUUGCUGACGUGAAAUCUCUUACUGAUGAUAGAAUUGCAACGUUUGUUAGAAGAUUUGGCGGCUUUGACUUGGUGAUUGGGGGUAGCCCAUGUAACAACCUUGCCGGCAGCAACAGGCACCACCGUGAUGGCUUGGAGGGCGAGCAAUCUGCUUUGUUCUACCACUACUUCAGAAUCGUGGAUGCUGUAAAGUCGGCUAUGGGGCGGAUGUAGCCUAAUCAUUUUAGUUCAUGUUUUAUCAUUUCAUGCUUAUCUCUAGGAACCACAACUUCAUCUAUGUUAAACAUUGCGUUGAUGUGAAGGAUGUUUAUUUCUGAGAAAGAUCGCAUUAUUCUUUA